AUGGCAGAGAGCGAGAGUGGUGGUGUGGUCAAUGGGUUAGGAAAGACUAUUUCUCAACUUGAAAAGGUCGUGUCAGCAUCACUACGGCCGUUGCCCACCGAAACAGGGGAUGGAUCAUAUGUGAAAGACUCAAGUAACACGGGAAUUGUAAGGGAUCUGGGCCGUAUGGAUCUCAGCGAUGUCAAGACGAUCGUGGAACUCACCAAAAAUGCUGCCACGGGAGAGCCUCUCAAUGAUAAGCAAUACAUAAUGGAGCGAUUGAUCCAGCUUACCUCUGCACUUCCUUCCGCCUCUCGAGUCGGAAAAGAGUUGACAAAUGCCUUCCUCAACCAGCUGUGGAAAGAUCUGGAGCACCCCCCGGUUUCUUACCUUGGCCGCGAAUACUCGUAUCGAGAAGCAGAUGGUUCAGGCAAUGUAAACCUGUCUUACCCUCCUGGAGUGGAGCGCUUGCUAAUACCAGAAAAGAACGUUUUGUGGCCUCAUAUCGGCGCUGCCGGCUCUCAUUACGCGAGAUCCGUUCGGCCAAAGACAUUGCAAUCUCCUGCACUCCCGGAUCCAGAAACACUGUUCGAUUCGCUUUUGGCACGCAAAGAUUUUAAGGAACAUCCAAACAAGAUUUCUAGUAUUCUGUUCUACAUUGCAUCCAUUAUUAUCCAUGACCUAUUUCAAACGGACCGCAACGACGCCACAAUUUCCUCGACAUCUUCAUAUCUCGAUCUUUCGCCACUGUAUGGAAAUAACCAAGAUGAGCAAAACCUUGUCAGAACCUUCAAGGAUGGAAGACUCAAGCCGGACUGUUUCUCUACCAAGCGUGUACUAGGGUUUCCUCCGGGUAUUGGCGUAAUCUUGAUCAUGUUUAACCGAUUUCACAACUACGUCGUCGAACAGCUGGCCUCAAUAAACGAAGGCGGCCGGUUCACAAAGCCGGAUGAAUCGAACACCAAAGAAUAUGCAAGAUAUGAUAACGACCUGUUCCAAACCGGUCGGCUAGUAACCUGCGGCCUCUAUGUCAACAUCAUACUCAAAGACUACGUCCGAACAAUCUUGAAUAUUAAUCGAACUGACAGCCUUUGGAGCUUGGACCCCCGUGCUGAAAUGAAGGAUGGAUUGCUUGGCGAAGCAGCAGCUCAGGCUACAGGUAACCAAGUCUCGGCUGAAUUCAACCUUGUGUACAGAUGGCAUUCUUGCAUUUCUCAGCGUGACGAGAAGUGGACUGAAGAUUUGUACAAAGAUAUGUUUCCUGGAAGGGAUCCGAACAGUGUCUCCUUGCAGGAGUUUGUACGCGGUCUUGGAAAGUGGGAAGCAGACCUUCCAGAGCAACCCCAGGAUCGUCCGUUUGCAGGCUUACAGCGCAAGCCUGAUGGAUCCUUUGACGAUGACUGUCUCGUCAAAAUCUUUGAGGACAGCGUUGAGGACUGUGUAGGCGCAUUUGGUGCAUCUAACGUUCCAACGAUCUUCAGAAGUAUUGAAGCGUUGGGGAUUAAACAAGCUCGCUCCUGGAAUUUGGCUACCUUGAACGAAUUUCGGAACUAUUUUAACCUGGCCCCUUACAAAACUUUUAAGGAGAUCAAUCCUGACCCUUUCAUAUCUGAUCAGCUCAAACGAUUAUAUGAUCACCCAGACAAUGUGGAGAUCUACCCUGGUGUUAUCGUCGAGGAUACCAAGGAAGCCGUGGUCCCUGGAAGUGGCUUGUGUACGAAUUUCACAAUUUCAAGAGCCAUUCUCUCCGAUGCAGUUGCCUUGGUCCGAGGUGAUCGCUUCUACACAGUCGAUUUCACUCCAAGGCAUCUUACAAACUGGGCCUUUAGCGAGAUUGAACCUAAAGACUCGGUCGAUCAAGGACAUGUAUUCUAUAAGCUUGUGUUGCGAGCAUUCCCAAACCAUUUCAAGGGAAACUCGAUCUACGCACAUCUCCCUCUGGUUAUUCCAACUGAAAACAAGAAGAUACUGACAAAACUUGGGUUUGCUGAGAAAUACAGCUGGGACAAGCCUGGCCACACUCCUCCACCCAAGUUUAUUAGCUCUCAUUCGGCUUGUAUGUCAAUAUUGUCUGAUCCAGAGACAUUCAAGGUCACAUGGGGCUUAAAGAUUGAAUAUUUGAUGCACCGUGGAGAACAGCCUUUUGGCAGAAACUUUAUGUUGUCCGGGGAUAGGCCUCCAAAUACCGCAUCGCGCAAAAUGAUGGGAGCUGCUUUGUACCGGAAGAGAUGGGAGAAUGAGAUCAAAGAAUUCUAUGAGGACAUAACUCUGAAGCUUCUGCACAGAAAUUCUUACAAGAUUGCUGGGACCAAUCAAAUUGACGUUGUACGAGAUGUUGCAAAUCCUGCUCAGGUUCAUUUCUGCGCAAAUGUUUUUUCAUUGCCUUUGAAGACUGAAUCUAACCCCCGGGGAGUGUUCACGGAAUCCGAACUCUACCAGAUCAUGGCGGUUGUCUUCACCUCAAUUUUCUACGAUGCGGAUCCUGCGAACUCAUUUGAACUUAACCAAGCUGCCCGGGAAGUGACGCAGCAGCUCGGGCAGUUGGCAAUGGCCAAUGUCGAGCUUGUUAACAACACUGGGUUCAUUGCGAACUUGGUCAGUAGUUUACACCGACAUGAUGUGCUCAGUGAAUACGGUGUCCAUAUGAUCCAACGCCUCCUUGCCAGCGGCCUGCCAGCAGAUGAGAUUGUAUGGACUCAUAUCCUGCCAACUGCUGGGGGCAUGGUGGCAAACCAAGCGCAGCUUUUUUCACAAUGUCUAGACUAUUACCUUUCGGAAGAAGGCUCGGUCCAUUUGCCUGAUAUUAAACGGUUGGCAAAGGUUGACACACCGGAAACCGACGAACUGCUGUUAAGAUACUUCAUGGAAGGCGCCCGGUUACGGUCUUCCGUGGGACUGCCUCGGAUGGUGGCCAAGCCCACUGUCGUUGAAGACAACGGUAAGAAGCUAAAUUUCAAGGCAGGGCAACACAUUCUCUGCAACCUGGUUUCCGCUUCUAUGGACCCGGCAAGUUUUCCAGAGCCUGAAAAGGUCAGACUGGAUCGCGAUAUGGGUCUCUACGCCCAUUUUGGAUUUGGUCCACAUCAGUGCUUAGGUAUUGGGCUUUGUAAGUUAGCACUUACCACCAUGCUCAAGGUCAUCGGACGCUUGGAUAAUCUGCGCCGUGCCCCAGGGCCUCAGGGGCAGCUGAAAAGGCUAUCUGGGCCUGGUGGAAUUGCGAAGUAUAUGACUCCAGACCAAAGCGGAUUUUCUCCCUUCCCAACUAGCAUGAAGAUUCAGUGGGAUGGUGAAUUGCCGCAAAUGGAGAGGUAA